GCUGUGACUGGAACAGCUCUACACUUGCUUUCCUGGCUCGUCCUCGACUUUCAAUAUGGCUGCGCUUAGUUAGAUAGCUUAAGUGGUUUAAGUGUACUGUCAUCUGUUUGUGUGUGUGUGUAGAACUGUAGGCCAUGGCGGACAAAGAGGCUGGAGCAGGGGUGGAGAGUCAUGGUGAAAAAGGGUUCAGGACACCUGGGCUGAGGAGCGUACAGACCACCACGCUGUUCCGGGCCGUCAACCCCGAGCUCUUCAUUAAGCCCAAUAAACCCGUGAUGGCCUUUGGACUGCUGAGCAUCACGCUAUGUGUGGGCUACUUGGGCUACCUGCACGCAAUGAAGGAAAAUGACCAGCAGCUGUACGAGGCCAUCGACAGCGAAGGAGAUAGAACCAUGAGAAGGAAAUCAUCCAAAUGGGACUGAUAGCACAGCCUUCAUCCCUGAGUGUGUCUGUGGUGGUGACAUCACAUUUACUGGACUCAAACAAGGACAGCUGCAUGAGUGUGUGUACAUUAAAGUGUGUUAUACAUACACCUGCUA